AGUAACAAACGGGCAAAAAAGCCCUUCUUCGUUUAAACCAUGUUUUGGUUUUCCUUCCGGACGCUUGUUUCUACAGAUGCCCGUUGCAGAGACGCAGCGUUUUCCAAAGCAGGUCUUCCGAGUAGAUGGAAAUACAACUCCCAGAAUUCCUCCCCGCUGAGCCACGCUCGGGACGAUUUCUGGGAGGUGUAGUCCCAACGCUUCUGGAGCCCUCUGCCUGACAAAUCCUUGGUGUGUGCAAAAAAAGUUCUGAAACUAUUCAUUGGCAGUAAAGCAUAUUGACGUAUUGAAAGUUACAAUUAACUGGAUCUGUUAACAAAGCUGACUCUAAAUGGGCAGAUACAGAUACUAUAUUGUUGUUGUUGUUAUUGUUACUAUCAUUGCACAACAUAUGUGCAAUGAGAUACACCACUCUUUCCCUGUUAAGGUGACAGAAAGGAUCUGGCUGAACAGAAAACAUGCAACACACACUUUAUAUUCCACAGUCUUCGUGGUUGCCCUUAUAAAAGAGUCACACGAUUUAAACUGGCUGACAAAUCAAAGCUUCUGCAAUGAAGAUGCACUGAGAUUGCACCAAAAUGUUUUAGAAAUUACCCACUGUGCUUCUCCUCUCCAAAGCAAUACAGCCACCAGUUUUGAACUCCCUGCAGAAAAUGAAACCAACAAAAGUUUUCAAGUGUCACCUAAAAAAAGAAAGAAAAAGAAAAAGCAACAAGAUCACAAGAAAAAGAAAAAGAAAAGAAGAAAAGCAUGGACCACCAGUGGGUCUGAAUCUGAGGAUGGGAGAGAUGAUAGAAAUAAUGAAAAAAGAGGAACAGAAUUAAACUUAGAAGAAAAAACCACAAAUGUGCCCUAUUCUUCUACUUGGCUUGAUGACAUUCAGGGCUUGACAACAGAAGGAUUCAGAACAGAUAAGAAGCCAGACCCUGCAAAUUGGCAAUAUAAAUCGUUAUAUCGAGGCAACAUUGCAAGGUAUAGGAGACGAAGCAACUUCUGCCUUGGCCUUCAACCUAAGGAGCAACAUAUUAUUUGGGAGAGCUCAGCAGUAGAAAAACCAUCUUCCUAUAAGCGACCAGAACGCUACUUCACAAAAGGUGGUCAGAAACUCCUGAACGAAGCAGGCAUUCAUGUCAGUGGUAAAAAUCAGGACUCCUCAUCUGGCUCAGCCUCCUGGAUACCAAUUUUGCAACUAGAUCCAGCAGAGGCUCCUUCUACAAGCUGGGUAAACCCUCUUGGGGUUUAUGAUCUGCAGACCACGCUCUGGCUACAAGGAAAAGGGCCCUCUGCUGAACAUGGCUCACUAAAUAAGCAAGACCCUCAAGAGAACCCCCAAAAUGUAGACUCCCUUCUAAUGGCAAAGGUGGAAGAAUAUAACUGCAAAGUCAGAGAGAAUCCCAGAGAUGUCAAAGCAUGGAUGGAUUUGGUUUCUUUUCAGGAUGAGCUCAUGAGACAUCCUAGCUGUUAUGCCAUCAGUGAGGGAGAACGGGAAAAGAGAAAGAAAUCAUCCAAGUUAAUACUGGAGAAGAAACUGGCUAUUUUGGAAAGAGCAAUAGAAAACAACCCAAAUGAAGUGGACCUGAAACUAGCACGGCUAAAACUUUGCCUAGAGUUCUGGGAGCCAUCUGCUGUGGUGAAGGAAUGGCAAAAGUUGAUUUUCUUGCACCCAAACAACCCAGCCCUGUGGCAGAAAUAUCUCUUAUUCUGCCAGAGUCAGUUCAGUACCUUUACUGUCUCCAAAACACAUGGCUGCUACGGAAAAUGCCUGAGCACAUUAUCAGCUGUGAAUGAUGGCAGUAUGGUAUCCCAUCCUGCGCUGCCAGGCACAGAGGAAGCCAUGCUAGCCAUUUUUCUUCAGCAGUGCCAUUUCCUUAGGCAGGCUGGGCAUUCAGAAAAAGCUGUGUCCUUGUUCCAAGCCGUGCUUGACUUUACCUUUUUUAAACCAGAUAAUGUCAAGGACUUGCCAACAAGAGGACAGAGGGAAUUCUUUGAACCCUUUUGGGACAGUGGAGAGCCUCGAGUUGGAGAAAAAGGAGCUAAAGGUUGGAAGGCCUGGAUGCAUCAACAAGAGAAGGGAGGCUGGGUGCUCAUCAACCCACCUGAUGAAGAUGAGGAAGAUGUAGAGGAUGAAGAAGAAAUAAAGGAUAGAUCUCUACCAAAGUGGCAAAACUGGCUUCAUAUUGAACGUUCCCGGGAAGCAAGACACUGGUUGCCCUGGCGUCCAGAAAAAAACAAGAAACCGCCGUUAGAAGAUUGUGAAGAUCCAGAGAGGCAGGUCUUAUUUGAUGACCUUGGACCAUCAUUGAUAAGACUUUCCAGUCCUGAACUUCAGUUUCAACUAUUCUCCUCAUUUUUGCAAUUCUUAGGAGUUCCAUGCAGCUGUAGACUUUCGCCUUCUUCUUUCUAUAUCACGAUGGAUGAAAAUAACUCAUUUGGCAAUGGGUGUAACAACCAAGGAAUUCUGACUUCUCUGGAUAUGCCUCAUUUUGGAGUCAGUAACAUUGGUCAUAUGGACUCAAUGGUCCAAGGAGAGAAGCAUGUGACUCACUCUAAGGAAGGAGAGCAAUUUAUUCAGAAUCUUUUCCAUAUGAUGCUGCCCUUAUUUUCAGGCAAAGACAGAUCUAACCUAUGCAUUUUUUGGCUUCAAUAUGAAAUUGCUAAGGUUGCUCAGUAUUUGAAAAUGGGAAAGAAAAAGAAACUAAAAUUGCAAGGCAAGAAAAGCAAAAAAUUAGCUAAAAAUCUUCUUAAGGCACCUGACAACAGAAAUAAUGUUUCCCUUUGGCAACUGUAUGCUUACCUAGAGUGGCUACUUGGCAAUAUAGAAGAUGCUAGAAAAGUUUUUGAUACAUCUUUGGGGAUGGCUGGAAUUAGUGGAAUUCAAAACCCCCAAUUUUGUCAUCUUAGCCUUCUUUAUGCUAAACUGGAAGCAGAAUUACUAGUAAAUCUAGAAGGAGCUGUAGAAUCACGUGCAACGUACAUAUUGACCAAGCUGGCUGAAAGGGGACAUUAUGUUCCUUAUCAUGGACAAGUAUCAUCGGUGAAUGUUCUGAAAGCUCGGAAAAUGUAUGAGCACCUACUUCAAGAUUGUUUAACUGAAAAUCUCACUUCUGAUCAAGAACAUGUUAAUGGUUCCAGCCAUCUUAUUGGUUUGGUUGGUUGUUACACUCUUUUCCAAUAUUUAACUCUUGGGAUUGACUCUGCAAUGUCAGUAUUCUGUCAGGUUUCUCAAAAGCUGAAAGACAAGGAUCCUGGAGAAAGGCUUAGUGGUCAACAUUUCACAACACCUCUUGAAGCCCUCUCCCUCAUGCAUGUAAGCUUGCUCAAGUUCCACAUAAAAAUCAGUGUGUAUCCUUUGAGUCCUCUUCGUGAAGUACUGUUGGAGGUUUUAAAGAGAUAUCCCAGCAACCAGUCUUUUUGGAGCUCAUACAUCCAGAUCCAAAGCAAGUCCCACAAUGUUAGCAAAGCCCGACGGUUUUUUGAUGCUGUUACAAGAACUACACAAUCGCUGGAGCCUUGGCUGUUUGCAAUCCAGCUGGAGCAAAUGAGGAAAAAACUAAUUGAAAUGGUCCAGAGGGAGCCGACAGGAGAUAUGUAUGCAACCAUUCCUGAAAUUGGGUUAACAAAUCGAAUCAAAGCUUUAUUUGAACAUGCAAUUCAGACUGAAAACGGGGCUCAUUGCCCAUUGCUCUGGAGGUUGUAUAUAUGCUUCAUGGUUUCUUUGGGAGAUAAGGCAAAAAGUAAAGGCAUAUUUUACAGAGCGCUUCAAAACUGUCCCUGGGCAAAAGUAUUAUAUAUGGAUGCUAUGGAAUACUUUCCAGAUGAGCUGCAAGAGAUCCUCGAUCUAAUGGCUGAGAAAGAACUGCGAGUACGGGUACCAAUAGAAGAAUUGGAGCUGCUGCUUGAAGACUGAAGAAAGAUAUGAAGACAAAUGAUCAGUGUGUUGGUUUAAUGAGACUUCAAUAAAGCUAGGGAGAAAAUGUUUGUGACUAAUUUAGCAUCUGUAAAAAUGUAGAGAUUAAGAGUUUUAUUUUUUUAUCCAAACAUGUAUUCCGUUAAGUGCAGAUAUGGGUAAGGCUUUUAAGUAAUACUCAUAACUGCCUCAUUGCUAAAAAAUACUAGUCCAGAUAUAUAAGCCAAAUACAUCUAGAAUAAAGUACAGUUGAAUGGGAAGUUGUUUGCUUCCAGUUGAUUCAGAUUUUAUGGAUGAAUGUUUAUUCAAGAUUGAAACACCUUGGAAUUGUACAGAUUGUUUAAGCUUGUAGAAGUAUGCAGCAAUUUGACAGUUUAGAAGAAAUUUUUAAUUAAUGAAGACACCUGUAACUGAAUUUUUAUCAGUUUAUUGUGACCCAGGGGCAGGGAAAUGUAAAUAUCUUUGUAAACAUAAUUACAAAUGUUAUGUUGGAAUGUGGACUCUUUUAAAAAUGUUUUGUGUUUUGAUUUGUCCUUCAUUGCUAUAUUGAAAUUUAUUGUUCAUUGACGUACAAGAAGAAAAAAAUGAUUUUUCAAAAA